AUGGAAUGUAUCAUUCGCUUUUUCAAGAUGCAUUUUACAACACUCUUAAAUCUGACCCUUUUCAUGGGUCUUAUAAAUGUCAAGUCAAGAGAAGGACUUUUUCAGGUUGAAUCCUUUCCCAAGCUCGAAGCCUAUCAAAGAUCCACCCCGGAAUGUGAACACCAAAAAGUGUCUUCGUUGGUCUCCAUCAGGCUAGACAACUCCGUACACACUGAAGAAGAAUUUCUCACCAUCUUCAAUCCGGCAGCGUCUUAUCACAAACUUAAAGACUUGCGGAUGUCACUCGAAAUUCUUACUCCGGAUAUAUUGGAUAUUUUUUCUCUUCACCUUCCCAACCUUUACAGCCUUAAGCUCGAAGUUGAAUUUCUUAGAUCUCGGUUCAAACGAUAUGUGAAGAUCGAUGAACAGGAAGAAAACGAGAAUGAUUGA